GUGUUGUGUGGGAGGAGUCCAUCCCAGGAUGUAAAAAGAUGCCACAGACCUACAAACAAAACACAGGCUACUGCAGGAGUCUACAAGAGGGACAGGAGAGCUUGUGUUGGGCAGCAGCUGUAAUUUGCUAGUUUAAAGGCUAGUUUUAUACACUGCUCCUACAUCAGAGGCUAUGGCCUUUGCUUUCUACUUAAGUCUCAUAUCAACCCUAGUGGUCUGUUCCACUUCAAAAUAUGCAUUCAUUCCCCGAGGAGUCACCAUGACGUGCCAUGAGCGGUACUUUAAGAUCAGUGUUGAUGAACACUUCACUGGAAAGAAUAUCCGCUUUGAGGCAGUUGAUAGAAAUGGUGCCCACCCCAUUACUGAGGAAUAUGCAGCCAAGUGUGGGUACAGCGUCAGAUUUAUGCUUUUAAAAAACUAUGUGCAGCUACGAGCAUCUUAUUUCAGCUGUCAUAUGGACUAUAAGGUAGAUGAUGCAUAUACAUUUAGUUUUAAUUUGAUUGCACAUUACAAAGGGAAAGAGGUCAUACAUGCCCUGAACAAAACUUGUUCCCCAUCUCUGCCUUGGUCGCUCAGAGAGGUCACCUGUGAGGUCAACUACAUGGAAAUUUCUGUAAGAAGUGAAAUCACCUGCCCAUCUUCAACAGAGAAGAAUGACUGGGACAACCUUAAACUUGCUCACAGUCCCUCUUCUGCAGACUGGCAGGUGACGUUUCAGAAAGGAGGUGAGCAGUUGGCUCCUACCUCACUUAAAGUGGCUCGCAGUAAAGGUUAUGUAUUUGAGUUGACCAAUGGCAGGCUUGUGUUUCGGACAGCUAACAGAGGGCCUCACUCUUUCACCUCAGUGGUAGAUGGGGUCCCAGUAGAAGCGGUCCAUGCUACUCUAUUCUCCCGACAAAGCUGGCUUGUUCUACUUGUAGACCUCAUUGCUGCAUGCUCAGUGUAUGAAGCCACAUUUGAGGAUGAAGGAUACAUGUUGUGGGAGACUCCAGAUGUGCUGUACCCAGGUCUCCAUGCCACAAACCUCAGCUUCGGACUCAAUGGUAACCUCAUGCAGCCCACAGUCGCAGAGACAAAUGGUUAUAUAAUGGAAAAACACAAUAACACAGUGGCAAUCAGCAUCCCUUAUGACGCAGAAGGAGGCCACAGGAAGAGUGUGGUGUCUGUAGAGCUGUAUGAGUUCUUUAGCUAUGAUUUCAACAUGGAGCAACUGUCAGUGGAUGAAGAUGGCAUAGAAACCAGACUUCGCACUCACAGGACAAUAAGCACCCCUCUUUUGAUACGGACAUUUCUGGAUGAAAACCGUACAGUCUUGGCGGAGCAACGAUUUACAGUCUACCUUGGUGAUGUUCCUCAAGAUGUUAAACUUAUUUCGGUCGAGAUAAAUAGACAAAAAUUUCAGUUACCUCUUAAAAAUGACAGCACCUUUUCAGUCACAAAUGUUGUUCAUCCAAAUGACACACAUGGCUAUGUUUUGAAGGUGCCUUUCAACAAUUUGCCAGUCAUUCAACAGUUCACUUUAGAAAAUAUUGAGUUCAAGCUUGACAUAAACUACACACUGAUGGUUACACCUGAAAACCAGCUUUACCACCAUGCUGCAUCUUUUAUGGCAAUUUUACCUGAUCUCACUCCUCCGCAAUUUGAUGCAUUCUGUUCAGAAAGCAACAUUAGCUUUAAACUUCAUCAUAAACCGUCCAACUACAAGUGGAAGAUCACAGUAGGCUCUAAUCCACUGACUUCAGAGCUGGCCACAAAGCAAGGAUUCAUCUUGAGCAACAACAGCCAAAUGCUACAGCUCGACGUGCCUCUACUCUCCGACGGAUAUAACAAUAAGAAUUAUAGCUUGCAAGGUUUUAUGGGUACUUUUGAGAUCCAUGUGCGAGAUCAAGAAACAUAUAAAGUUCAAAGUUCAACUGUGAAGACAUGUCCAUACUUUACUAAUGAACUCCUAGUGUGUUCAACCAAUAUGCGGAUGACAGCAGUUGUGGACUUGUCUCAGGCUGUUGCGAGUGGAGGUGUCCCUGCUAAAACGACCCUGCUGCAUCAGAAGUGUGGGCCCAAAGACGCCGACUCCACCAGGGCUUUGUUCUUGUUUCCCAUGAAUGACUGUGGCUCAAAGGUCAAGCUUGAAACAGGAACGGUCACCUAUGAAAAUGAGAUCUUGUACACUAAGAGGCUACCUGGUGAAAAUGCAGACAGAGUGAUCCUGCAGUGUACAUAUCCCGUAUCUAGUCUCCAUCGGCUUUUUGCAGUGACAUUUGAAUCAGACACUCCUGGUGUUGGGCGCAUCAUUCACACUUCACAAUCUGCAACAGGCCAAUCAAGUACCACCAAAACUCCAGUAUUGCCACAACAACCAAGUCUUUAUUCGUCAUCUCGCUACAUAAAGGUUUCAGGGUUAAAAACUCUCCAACCUAGAGGAAGACGUUUGGAUGGACUUCGAGUACAUAACUCAAGGAAAUCCUUUUAACUAAAAUAACUGAAAAAAUAAUAAUUUUUUAAACAUUUUUAAAUGGUAAUGUUUACUUGAAUAAAGGUGUCUUAACAAAAAUAAAAUGUUUAUG